CUGCCUUUCAUCCUUCCCUUUGCCACCAGGGUUCCUGGCUAGUUCCUGGAGCACUGUCUUCACUCCUAUCUAGCUGUUCAUACUGCCUUUCGUUCCCUAAGGCUGUGGUCACUUUGAAGCCCAACUAGGCCGAUGACCACACAUUGCCUUCAGUGCUACUCCUUCCUGUUCUUGCAACUGGGACCUGACUGUGUCUGAGCCCCUUGGACCACACUCAGGAACUUGGGCUGAUGGCUCCCCAUCCCAGGAGGUCUUAACUGGAAGGCAGAUGGGUCCCAGUUAAGGAAGGGACGCCGGCUGCGGGGUUUGUCGUUGAGAGUCUGAGCUAGCUGGAUACCUCAUUCUCUCCUAAGCCAUCUCUCCGCUCUGGGCAACUUCAUGCUAGAUUACUCAGGACAAGCUCCCAGGAAGACAUGGCACUUGAGCAGUACCUUGAAGAACAGGAGAAACGCCCCUGUCAGUAGGCCGCACUCAUGGCAUGUGGCCAAGCUGCUGGAGGGAUGCCCUGAAGCGGCCACCACCAUGCAUUUCCCUUCUGAAGCCUUCAGCUUGUCCUGGCAUUCUGGUUGCAGUACAAGUGACGUGUGUGUGCAGUGGUGUCCCCUCUCCCGGCACUGUAGCACCGAGAAAAGCAGCUCUAUUGGCAGCAUGGAGAGCCUGGAGCAACCAGGCCAAGCCACCUAUGAGGGCCACCUCUUGCCCAUUGACCAGAACAUGUACCCCAAUCAACGGGACUCAGCCUAUAGCUCCUUCUCGGCCAGCUCAAAUGCAUCUGACUGUGCUCUUUCCCUCAGGCCAGAGGAGCCAACCUCCACAGACUGCAUCACACAAGGCCCAGGGCCAAGUAAAGUCCCCAAUGUCCGGCCUAAUGUGGCUGAAACCUCAGGAGGUAGCCAGCGCACCAACGGGGGCCAUUUGACGUCAUCUCGCUCACAGGAAGGCCACCACCCAGGGUCUGCCAAGGGGGUCAGGGGCCCACCACAACCUCCAGUGAGGCGGGACAGUCUUCAGGCCUCCAGAGCCCAACUCCUCAAUGGAGAGCAGAGCAGGGCUUCUGAGCCUGUGGACUCCUUGCAACAGAAGGAGAAAGUGAAUUUAGAGACAAUGAUGAUUCCCAGGAACCCUAACAGGUUCUGCUGCCUCAGUGGACAAGAGCAAAUGACAAAGGAGGGCCAUCAGAACUGUGAACUCAGCCAGUCUCCCGAAGCCAGCCAGCAGGGCUCUGAACAUCUACUGACAGAGGCUGCAGCCAAUGUUCUUGGUUCCCCUAAAGCCUGUGAGAAAGCUUCCACCAGAGUUUCUAGCCCACUCAGUGAGGCUUCAGCAGAGCUACCUAAGACUUCCUCCUUUGGCCGCUUUCCACACCUCACAGGACCUACAGGACAUCGUCACAGUGCCCCUGAACAGCUGCUGGCAUCCCACCUGCAGCAUGUGCACCUCGAUUCCAGGGACAGCAAAGGGACAGAGCUUCCCACUGGGCAGGAUGGACACCAGUGGACUUUGUCCCCUUUGCACAACAGCCGCAAAGGGAAGAAAAUUCCAUGUUCCCCUCCAGGAGGAACCCAGGACCAGCCCAGCAAAGAAAGAAAGACCAAGCCAAUGGAAGAUAGGCCUUUGGGUUCAGGACACCAGAGCCAAAGCAGUUCUACACAUGGAGAGACUGAUGGACACCCUCCAGAACAAGGUUUCCUAGACCCAAGCAGAGCAAGCAAAACAGGCAGUGAAUUGGCCAGCCAGCAGCCCUCUGCCUCUGGCUCUCUCGUUCAAACCAGAGAUUGUUCUUCAAGUGCUAAAGUAGCUAGCAGCAAAGAGACAACUGAAGAAGGGGAUAGUGAGCCCAAAGAAUGUGGCCGGGUGGGCGGUAGGCGAAGUGGAGGUCCCCGGGGUCGCUCAAUCCAAAAUCGGCGGAAAAGUGAGCGCUUCGCUACCAAUCUGCGCAAUGAAAUUCAGAGGAGGAAGGCCCAGCUCCAGAAGAGCAAAGGCCCCUUGUCACAGCUGUGUGACACUAAGGAGCAAGUGGAAGAGACCCAGGAGCCUCCCAAAAGUCCUCCACUCCCUGCCUCUAACUCAGCUCUUCUAUCUUCAUAUAAAAAACCCCCUAGCCCCAGAGAUAAGCUCUUCAACAAAAGCAUGAUACUCAGGGCUCGGUCUUCAGAGUGCCUCAGCCAAGCUCCUGAGAGCCACGAAUCUAGGAUAGGCCCAGAGGGACAAAAAAGCCCUGGCCAGAGGUCUGGCCAGUCCUCUUUGGGCCUAAACUCCUGGUGGAAAGCCUCUGACACAUCCUCAGACUCUGAGAAAGCAAAUGCUCAUCAUGGAGUCCGUGGAGGUGAUUGGAGAUGGUCUCCAGAGCAUAACCUGCAGCCACAUGUGGCACUAGCCAUGGAAGGCCCUUCCAGCCCAGGUGACAACAAGGAAUUGAAGACUUCUCCUGUCCAAGCUGGGGAGGAAGCCAUCCUUUUGCCCUUUGCAGACAGAAGAAGGUUCUUUGAAGAGAGCAGCAAAUCCUUAUCCACAUCUCAUUUGCCAGGUUUAACCACUCAGAGCAACAAGACUUUUAGCCAGAGACCAAAACCUAUAGACCCCAACUUUCAGUCAAUGAGCUCCAGCUAUCGGGAAUUGAGGCGCCAUCCCAUGGACCAGUCAUAUCACUCCACAGACCAACCGUAUCAUGCCACAGACCAACCAUUUCAUUCCAUAUCACCCCUUCAGUCAGAAACUCCUACUUACUCAGAAUGCUUUUCAAGCAAAGGUCUAGAAAAUUCCAUGUGUUGUAAGCCACGGCACUGUGGUGAUUUUGAUUACCACAGGACCUGCUCUUACUCCUGCAGUGUUCAGGGAGCUGUGGUCCAUGACCCUUGCAUUUAUUGUUCUGGGGAAAUCUGUCCUGCCUUGCUAAAGAGAAAUAUGAUGUCCAACUGCUACAACUGCAGGUGCCACCACCACCAGUGUAUCCGGUGUUCAGCUUGCUAUCAUAAUCCUCAGCACAGUACUCUUGAGGACAGCAGCUUGGCACCUGGCAACGCUUGGAAUUCCAGGAAGCCGCCAGUGCAGGAAUUUCCUGGGGACAAAUGGAAAUCAAUAACAGGAAACAGAAAGACCAGCCAGUCAGGGAGGGAAAUGGCUCAUUCCAAGACUAGCUUCCCAUGGGCAACCCCCUUCCAUCCUUGCCUCGAGAACUCAUCACUGGAUUUAUCAAGUCAUCGAGCAGUUUCUUCUCUUGAUCUCCUCGGAGACUUCAAACAGGCCUUGAAAAAAACGGAGGAAACUUCCCUUUAUGAGGAGGGGAGCUCCCUUGCCGCCAUGCCCCGCCCACUGCGCAGCCGGGCCUUCUCAGAGAGUCACAUCAGCUUGGAUCCCCAGAGUACCCGGGCCUGGGGACAGCCUCGCAGGGAGCUCUUUAGCAAAGGGGAUGAGACUCAGCCAGAUCCUCUGGGAGCCAGGAAGAAGGCCUUUCCUCCUCCUCGCCCUCCUCCUCCAAACUGGGAGAAAUACAGGCUCUUUCGGGCAGCCCAGCAGCAGCAGCAGCAGCUGCAGCAGCAGCAGCAGCAGCAGCAGCAGCAGCAGCAGCAGCAACAACAACAGCAGCAGCAGCAGCAGGAGGAGGAGGAAGAGGAGGAGGAAGAGGAAGAAGAAGAGGAAGAGGGAGAAGAAGAGGAGGAAGAGUUGCCACCCCAGUAUUUCAGCUCAGAAACCACUGGUUCCUGUGCUCCCAAUCCUGAGGAGGUCCUAGAACAACCACAACCCCUUGGUCACUGGGAGGCUUCAAGGCAGGGUUCACAAAGCCUCCCAGAUCAAGAGUCCUUUGCUCUCCAUUCCAGUAAUUUCCUGCCUCCAAUAAGAGGCCACCCGGGUUCUCAACCUGAGCAGGCUCAGCCCCUUUGCUAUUAUGGUGUUGGUGGACUUUGGAGGACAUCAGAGCAGGAGGCCACUGAUUCCCCCAAACCAGAAGUCUCGAUGGCAGAAGAGUCCAAACCCAAUCCAGCAUGGAACCAGCGCUACUUCUUUCCUGAGGAGAAAUUUGCUUUCAUGGCCUGGGGCUCUGAGAAGCAGCACCCCAGCCCUGCAGGCUUUGGUGAACCCAAAACAACAGGACAAGAGUUUCAGCACUUCUCACCUCCUCCAGGCGCCUCAGGAAUCCCUACCUCUUACUCAGCUUAUUACAAUAUUUCUGUGGCCAAAGCAGAGCUGCUGAACAAGUUGAAAGACCAGCCAGAGAUGGCAGAAAUUGGCCUGGGAGAGGAGGAAGUGGAUCAUGAACUGGCUCAAAAAAAGAUACAGCUUAUUGAAAGCAUUGGUCGAAAACUUUCUGUCCUGCGAGAGGCUCAGCGAGGGCUGCUGGAGGAUGUGAAUGCCAAUUCUGCCCUUGGGGAGGAAGUGGAGGCUAACUUAAAAGCCGUCUGCAAAUCCAAUGAGUUUGAAAAAUACCGCUUGUUUAUUGGGGACCUGGACAAAGUGGUCAACCUGUUGCUGUCACUUUCUGGACGAUUGGCCCGGGUGGAGAAUGCUCUCAACAGCAUUGAUUCAGAGGCCAAUCAAGAGAAGUUGGUGCUGAUAGAGAAGAAGCAGCAGCUGACGGGCCAGUUAGCAGAUGCCAAGGAGCUGAAGGAGCACGUGGACCGCCGGGAGAAGUUGGUGUUUGGAAUGGUCUCCCGCUACCUGCCUCAGGAUCAGCUCCAAGAUUACCAGCACUUUGUCAAGAUGAAAUCUGCUCUUAUCAUUGAACAGCGAGAGCUGGAAGAGAAGAUCAAGCUUGGGGAAGAGCAGCUGAAAUGUCUCAGGGAGAGCCUACUCCUGGGGCCCAGCAAUUUCUAAUUCUCUCAGCAGACUGCCACAGCAUCCCUGCCUGGUCACAGUGGGAAGUGCUUUUGAUCUUCAGUAGUGGUUUAUUAACAAGUAAACAGCAACAAGUUAGUGACUCAUCCCAGCCCUCUACCCUGGCUCUGUCUCACGGCUUCUUCCCUAGCAGUGGUCCCAACCAGUGAGGGGACCCUAGGGGGGCACCAAGCUUCUGCAGGGAGCUGCGGCAAGGUGUGAUCACACAACCACAUUCUCCUUCCCACAGUGUUUGUGGGCAAGCAUUCACGGCCCACAGAAUCACCAAAGUGCCUUUAUUCUCUCUGUAUCCGGACACCAAAGACCAAGAACUCCCCACCCAUCUGUGCAGCUCCAUUGUGCUCCAGGGCUUAGGGCCCAGACAUCUCCAACAGAGAACUGCCUGACUUGAGGGCAUUCAUCUACCACCAUUUUCAGAGCCUCACCCAAGUUUUGUAGUGGGAGGCAUAGAAGAAGGGAUUGUAUGUGACAGAAGAUGGGCAAAGGUAGGGCAUCCUUAGGUGCCCCUCAGGAAAAAGCCAGGCUUAAACCAGUUGGCUCCACUUCUGUCUUUCCUAGAAGCUAGUUGAGGGGAAGAGGCCUACUCUCAUCCUUGACUAGUGAGGCCUUCUUCCUGUCCUCAGACCUUAGGCCUAUCACCUCAUAUUUGAUCUUGCCCUUGUAUCACUGGGAGUUCCAGGUGCCUAUUCCAGGACUUCACACUAUGGGCUUUUAGUAGCUACUCCAGUUGACUUCUAGAUAUAGGUUUCAUUAUUGGGGGAGAGGGUUCUUGUUAUAUUUUCAAUGACCUUUUGAUUGUAUUUAUUUUCAUGUUUUGAUUGUUUUUUUUUUUUCAUUUUUGAACUAAUAAGGUGAGGAGAGGGAAGUUAGAGAGGGGAAAGAAAAAGAGAGGGGAAGAAGAGCAUUUUCUGCAGAUCAGACUGAGUCUAGGUAAGCAAGUACUGAGGCAUUGAAUUCUUCCCCACAUAGCUACAAGUGUCUAAGAAUGGAGUUCUUCCUUUGAACUCAUAGCCACCCUACCAUGGCCCGCCCAUGUUCUUCCUUUGAAAUCUAGAUGGCCAUGAACUUAGCAUACCCCAGCACAGUUCAACUUUUUUUUUGUGCUAAUAUUUGCAACCAAAGAAAUUUCCCCAAAUUAACAAUAAUUGCCCAUUUCUCUAGCAUCUCUAAGUCAUGGGAUGGGUGGAGGCACUCCUCUAACAACUUUUUUCUCAGCCUGUGACCUGGCUCAGGGAACCCAGACUAUGAUAGCUGGGAACAAAUUAUGAUCCAGCCAGGAUCUUAGGCAAAGAUGAUCCAUCCUUAUCUUUGCAGGCUGUGUGCCAAGAACCCCAGCGGGUGCCUGAAGCUAUGGGUAGUAACCAAAACUUAUAUGUACUGUUGUUUCCUAUACUUCCUACAGCAUUGCCAUAUAGUACCAGAGUUAAUCUAUCUUCCUUGUUUUAUGCCCUGGUGUCUCCUUUGCUUCACUACUCUUGCACUUUGGAACCAUUAUUAAAUUUAAAAAAUGGGUUACUUGAACAGAAACACUGCAGUACUGCAACAGUCAAUUUGAUAACUGAAAUGGCUCCUAAGAAAUUAAAGGGAGGGUAGCCCAUACAGUGUGGAUAUGUUGGACAAAGGUAUGUCCCAGGUAGGAUGUAGCAGGAUUGCAUCAUUCUGCUCAGAAUGAUACACAAAUUAAAGCUUAUGAAUUGCUUAUUUCUGGAAUUUCCCACUUAAUAUUUUUAGACCAUGGUUGACCACAGAAAGUAAAACUGCAGAUAAGGGGGAACUACUAUUCAAAGAACUGAAGUUGCUGCUAUUGCCAAGGCCCUGAGACUUGUAGCCAGCUUCUACCCUGGAAAAGUUAGCCAUUGGGCAAUGGCAGAAAGGGAAUUAUAACCAAACUGUGUCCUAUUACCCAGCUCAUUGUCCCCAUUGCUUGCUAACUAGGGUCAGUCCUUGGCAUUACACAGCCUAUCUAAUCCCAUCCCAGCCGAGCCCUGGCACCUUGUUACUGCUGAGUUCCUCAGAGCCCUUGCAACUUAACUGCAGCAGCAGGGGUACCUCACUCAACCAAAGAAUUUGCCAAGGAACUUUGCUGCUGCUACAGAUACUGGUUACUAAUUUCCGUUUCCUCUACAUUGUGUCUGAAAACAAUAGGAAAAUCUUGGCCAGGAGGGUAUCCUGGGGGUGGUGGUAACCCUUUAUGUGGGGACCUGGGUAUGCUCUUAGUACUGCUGCCAAUGCCAAGACCACUGUUAGAAUGUCAACCUUGUCAUUCUCCCCUCUGGUGGAAGAUUCUACUCUAUUCAGGAGGGUUGAUGGCUUUUAAAGGGCUGGGUUUACCCAAGUGAAACUUGAGAAAUUUGGGAGAGUGCUUUGAAUACAGGCCAUUAUUGCCACCUUUCAAAAUGAAACAGGAGCCCUAGGUAAAUAGUAAGCCCAGUUGAAAUGUCUUUUAUUAGGAGAUGAUGCCAAUAUGUUCCAUCAUUACAAGAUUUUUUGGCUGGAAUAGAUUUUGUUGGGGCGGGGGUACUGGGGAUCGAACUCAGGGGCACUCUACCACUGAGCCACAUCCCCAGUCCUAUUUUGUAUUUUAUUGAGAGACAGGGUCUCACUGAGUUGCUUAGCACCUUGCUUUUGCUGAGGCUGGCUUUGAACUUGCGAUCCUCCUGUCUCAGCCUCCGGAGUCACAGGGAUUACAGGUGUGCGCCACCACGCCCAUCUGGAAUAGAUAUUUGAAGUAUGUACCCAGGGAAAAAAGUGGUCAAUUUAACUGGUCACCAUGGCAUAGCUAGUGUGUUUGUGUGUGUGUGUGUGUGUGUGUGUGAGAGAGAGAGAGAGAGAGAGAGAGAGAGAGAGUGUGUGUGUGUUUUAUUUUUUUUAGCCAUCAUUACAUUGGUUUUACCUUAAUUUUUGUGAUACCAAAAAUAUUAAGUCUGUUUUUUUGUUGUUGUUUGUUUGUUUUGUUUUUGUGGUGCUGGGAAUUAAACCCAGGGCCUCGCACAUGCUAGGUAAGCACUCUACCACUGAGCUACAACCCCAACCUUAACACUGUUAUUUUUGUACCACAUCCCACCUCAAAUUAGUUUCUAGAGUUGGAAUGAGAACACAAGGAUGCUCAUUUUCACAUAGAACCAUAGGUCCCAAAGUACUUAAAAAGUAACCCCCAAACUCUACUGAGCAGUAGAAGUUUAGUAGAUAAAGGUGAACUACUAAACAGACACUGGCAUAUAGCACCUGCCUGCCAUGGCAGUCCCCUUGUGAGAGAUAGUGCUACAAAGCUGCCAGUAUUAUCUAAGAUGCAAUAGUUCUCCCCUAUUCUCAGUGUAAGGGGCUCAGCCUUCUUCCAAGGCCUUUGAGGGGGUAGCAGUUUGGAAGACAGGCCAGAUGGUAUCCCCAAAGACAGUUAUUGGUCUUGACUUCUGCCCUUUCCCUUCAAAUAUUUACAUUGCCCCCCAUGGGGAAAAAGGAAAGCUGAUGGUGGAUUGAUAGAAAGGAGUCCAGUAUAAGAGUUACUAUCAGUUAUCCCCUCUACUUCCCUCAUCCCCAGGGCUCUGGAUAGUUGAAUCUCCCACAGUGAUCCCACUGUUGUCUCACAGCUGGACACUCACCCAGGAUCUAGAAGUAAAUGCCAAAGUGGAGUCCAAGAGAAUGAGACAGAGAUACUUAAAAUAAAGCACUAGCAUGGGAGAGAAUAGGAGAGGGAAGGAAGGACAGAGGGUGAAAAGAUGAAAUGGCUCUUUCAAGGCUGGGUUCAGAUUCUGUUUUCCAUUUAACUUCAUGUGCCAAAAAGCUUCCCCGGGUCAUCAGAGCCACAUCCUGAACCCCAGCCUCCCUGAGGGUGCUGCUUUGCCAGUAGCAGGCCCCAGACAGAGGAAGCUGGGCACAUUUCUGGCUACUUCCACCCACCUGGAGCUUGGCAACUCCUGCUGUCUUGGCCAGAGGAGUUGCCUAUGCCAAUAAUAUUUCUGUAACAGCAUAUUGUACUAUUUGAAGAUUAGUAGAUCUUUAGGGGGUGGGUGGGUCAUGGGCCAUUUGUAUAGAUAAAGAAUCAGUGUUUGUUGUACAACUGUGGGGGGGAUCAAUCCCAGGUGAAGCUUAUUUUUUUGAAUCUUACUGUCUCUAUAUUUGUGUCCUCCACCACUCCCUUCUUGGCUGAUAUAGAUAUGCCUGCCAGAUUGUCAUCAAGGGUCAUACUUUAAUAAAAGGUGCUAAGGACAGAAAAUAA